AGGGACAACACCGGGCGCGGGCGGCGGGUGGCUCCGGCCCGGAGAGGCGCGAUGGCCAGCAGCGACAGCAGCCACGCCGCGGAGAGCUUCCCCAGCUCCGACGGGGACGAGGAGGCGACUCUGGGGCUGGUGACCGAGGAGUCGUCGGAGGGCGAGGAGGACGAGGCGGCGGAGACUGAGGACGAGCCGGACGCCAGGUUAUCAGAUCAGGAUGAAGAGGGCAAGACCACGCAGGAGUGUAUCAUUUCUGACCCCUCCUUUUCCAUGGUGACAGUUCAACGGGAAGAUAGUGGAAUAACCUGGGAGACGAAUUCAAAUAGAUCUACUCCCUGGGCCUCAGAAGAAAGUCAGACUUCUGGUGUGUGUAGUCGAGAAGGGUCGACUGUGAGUUCUCCUCCAGGAAAUGUGUCCUUCAUUGUGGAUCAAGUUAAAAAGGUACAGAAAAGAACUCAUAAGGCAAAGCAUGGCUCACCAUCAUUACGUCGGAAAGGCAACAAAAAAAGAAAUUCUUUUGAAUCUCAAGAUGCUCCAGCAAACAAAAAAGACAAUCCUUUAAUUUCAGAAAGCCAGGCACUAAACAUUGAGAAAGAGAAGUCAUACACUGGCAUGUAUGAUAAAACAAGAAAAAAGAAGACCACUUCAAAUACACCCCCUAUUACUGGGGCAAUAUACAAAGAACACAAGCCAUUGGUGUUAAGGCCAGUCUACAUAGGGACAGUACAGUAUAAAAUUAAGAUGUUUAAUUUGGUGAAAGAAGAACUAGUUCCGCUACAGUUUUAUGGAACAUUGCCAAAGGGUUACGUAAUUAAAGAAAUACAUUAUAGGAAAGGGAAAGAAGCAUCUAUUAGUUUAGAGCCAGAUUUGAGCAAUUAUGAUUCUAAGACAGUUUCUAAAACAGGCAAAUUAGUAGCCCAAAGCAUAGAAGAAGAAAAAGUAAAAGAGCUUGUUCCACCCUGGAGAGAGGCACUCUCCAAAGGAUCAAAGUCCCUGUCCUCAUUAUUCAGUCAUGAAAAUCAGAAGAAAACUGAUGAUUUCCCCCUAAAUGCCACAUCUGCAUCAGAGCGCACAGUUUCCUCUUAUUCAAGUAGUGACACGGAAGAACAAGAACCACAGCUCAGGCGUCCACGGUCAGAGAGUGAAGCAAAAACCCAUGAAAUGGAGCCUUCCUCUCUGUCACCCGCUGCACCUGAAAGUGCAUUCCUGAAAACAGCAAAGGAGGAGUCUGAGGCCACCUCACAAGGAGCCACCACUCCAGAGAACAGCUCUUUAGUUGAUGAGGUAAAGCAGGAAGACAUGUGUUCCGCCCACCGGUCCACGUCACCUGAGGCAGAGCAGGAUUUUCUGGAGACAGGUUCACCAGAUCUGGCAGCAUCAACUCCGGAAGUUUUUGGCCCAGACAAAGAACAGCUGGACCUGCCUUCACUAGAAAGAGCAGAACCAGUCUCUGAACAGCUGCUGCCUCCUCAUCCUAGUGUCAAAAGAGGGAAGGAAGAAAGGCUUCCUUCUGAGCCUCCUGAACAUCUAGUGUCAGAAGAACCAGAGAGAGAAGGGGAAACUUCCCUCCCCGUAGCUGCUGAACCUGCAGAUUCUGAUUUAGCAGAAGAGAUCAUAGAACUUGAAGACCCAGGAAGUCCGUUAGUUUCUGAGAAGCCCUUCCUACCGAGUUUGUCCUCUGAAGUGGCGCCCAAAGAAGAGGAAUCUGUCCUCCCACUACUGACAACAUCCACACCUUCACGUGUCCCUUCAUCUGAGGAGGAGAGAGAAGGAAAUGAAUCUGUUUCCCCUGAUUCUGCUUUUGUGUCAGAGUGUUCAGUACCACCAGGGUUGAACUAUGAGCUAGAAGAGCAAGAAACUGAGCCAGUUUCUCCACCGAAAGUAAAAACCAUGACUGAACAUAUAGUUUUGUCAGAAGAAGAGAAAGAGGAAUUUAAGCCCCAUUCCCCGGCUGUGCUCUCUGCAUUUGAGCCCUCUCUGUUACCAGCCACAACUGACAAGACUUCAGAGUGCCAGUCUCCACUGUUUUCAUCAGUUACCCCAGAGUACGUGGUCCCCUCAGGAGAUGAGGCCUCAGAAAGCGGGCGUUACACACCAGAUUCCACAUCUGCUUCUGAACAUUCAGUCCCAUCACAUGCAACAGAAGAGUCGCUGAAGGAAACCAUUGACCAUAAGACCCCACUAAAACCAAAAGGUGAUUCUGAGCCCAUGGUACUGUCAGAGGAAGAGAAGGAAGACAUUGGAUCACAGUCUCCAGCUGUGGGCUCUCAGUCUGAACGCUCUCUCUCACCAUCCACAUCUGAAAAGACUUCAGAGUGCCAGUCUCCACUGUUUUCAUCAGUUACCCCGGAGUACGUGGUCCUCUCAGGAGAUGAGGCCUCAGAAAGCGGGCGUUACACACCAGAUUCCACAUCUGCUUCUGAACAUUCAGUCCCAUCACAUGCAACAGAAGAGUCGCUGAAGGAAACCAUUGACCAUAAGACCCCACUAAAACCAAAAGGUGAUUCUGAGCCCAUGGUACUGUCAGAGGAAGAGAAGGAAGACAUUGGAUCACACGGGCGUUACACACCAGAUUCCACAUCUGCUUCUGAACAUUCAGUCCCAUCACAUGCAACAGAAGCAUUGCUGAAGAAAACAACUGAGAUGACUUCAGAAUGCCAGCCCCCACCGCUUUCAGCCACCCCAGCUGAACAUGUGGUGCUAUCAGAAGGAGAGGCAGUGGAAAUGGAGUGGUACACACCCUCUUCCACGUCUGCUUCUGAAUUUUCAGUACCCCUAUAUGCAACACUGGAACCACAGGAAGAAAAAAUUGUCCACGAUCUCCCUCUAAAUUUAAAAAGUGCCUCCUCACCCAAUAAUUUAUCAGAAGCAGAUCAAGAAGACAUAGGACCUUUUUCUCCAGAUUCAGCCUUUGUGUCAGAAUUCUCAUUUCCUCCCUAUGCAACUCAGGAAGCAGAGAAAAGAGAAUUUGGGUGCGAUUCUCCAAUAUGUUUAACAUCACCAUCUGACCACACUAUCUUAUCAGAUGAAGAUACUGAAGAAGCUGGACGUUUUUCUCCAGACUCAGUAUCACAAAUUUCAAUCUCACCAUUUAGAGUCCCAGCAACAGAGAAAAAUGAAAUUGAGCCUGAUUCACUAUUAACUGCAAUACCUGCUUCAGAAUAUUCCUGCUUUUCAGAAACAGAUGAGGAAGAAAUUGGAUCAACAGCUUCUACACCUGUACCUGAGCAUUUCAGCUCAUCACAGGAGCAAAAAGCUGAACCCUUUCCUUUGACAUCUAUGCUAGAAGACUUGAGUCUGCCACCUUCAAGAAAUAAACCAGAAAAACCAGAAGUUAAGCCAGAUAUUCAAACAACCUCAAUAUCUGUAUCUGAAUAUCUCAUUUCAGCGCACAAAAACAAAACUCAAGCAUCUUUGGAGCCUGAGUCUAAAGACUUGAUUCCACCAUGUUCAAACAGUGAAUUGGAGAAGGGAGAAACUAGGCCUAGUCCAUCAGUGGCUGCAACACCUGCCUCUUUACUUGCACCGUCAUCCAUGGUAAAGGAAGAAACCAAACCUGUUUUGGCUGCAAGUCAGUGUUCAGUUUCACCUGAUUCAGUCUAUGCGAUUAAGAAAGAACAGGAACCUAACUCAUCACUUGCUCUAAAAGCUGCAGAGGAACAGAUGGCUUUGUCAAAAGUCAGGAAGGAAGAAAUUGUGCCCGAUUCUCAAGAAGCUACACCACAUGUAUCACAGGAUCAAAAAAUGGAGCCUCAGCCUCCAAAUGUUCCAGGGUCUGAGAUGAAAUAUUCAGUUUUGCCUGAAUUGGAAGAUGAGCCAAAGAAGGAUGUCAAACCCAAUUUAGCUCCAAAUGUGACUUCUGAACAAGAACAGAGAGUCUUGUCCAAGAACGAGCCUGAAGUAAUAAAAACAUAUUCACCUCUAAAGGAAACAUUUUUAUCUGCACCUGAGGUUUUAUCAGUAGUGAAAACGGAAGUGAAAUGUGAUUCUAAAGUAAUGAGUACAUCUAUGGCGCUUUAUCCGGCUUCCUUGGGAGUGGGGAAGGAAGCUGAACAUGGCCCACCUGAGCCGGCAUCUUUAUCUUUGUCGGAAGUAAACAAAGAAACUAAACCCAGUUCCUCAACAACCACAUCUGAAACUAAGCUGGAUUCAAACUUACCUGAAUUGGUGACAGAAGAAAUCCCAACAGCUGUGUCCUUCACCACCCCUGUAGAACAUCCAGUCUUAACAAAAGAAGGAAAGGGUGAAUUAGGAAGUGGUUUGCUACCACUGGUAACAUCUGUAGAUGAACAUUCAGUUCUUCAAGAAAAAGAAAAGGCAGGAAUUAAAGAUGCUUCUCCCAUUGAAACGUCUUCAUCCAAAGUUUUAGCUUGGCUAGAAGCAGAGAAGGAGGUGAAAGUUGCUUCACCUCUGAGUGUCUCCUCUAUAUCAGAGCGUUCUGUUUUGUCAAAGGUAGAAACUGAAGAAAUUAAACCUGAGCCAAUAACCAAAACACCAUCUGCUCAGCACUCAGAUGCAUCUGAGGAAGCAACGGUAGAAGACAAACAAGGGCUCUCACGUUCUGCAGUCCUUGACUCGGAAUGUUUGGUUUUAUCACAGGAAAAGAACUCAGAGGUGUCAGAGCUGGAACAUGUAUUCUCGCACAACCUAGGCAGCAAGUUAAAGAAAGAAGAAACUGAACUUCUUUCAUCACAAAGUGUGUCACCGCCACCCCAACAUAUAUUCCAAAAAGGCAAAAAUGAAGAAAUAGCCAGCUCUUCUGAGUUGGAAAAUUUAGUGUCAGAAGAUUUAGCCCCAACAUUACCGACCCUUGGUGAUGAUAAGAGCAAACAGACGAUGGAGCCAUCUCCUACAGCUCAGGGAGAUUUCUUGUCAGAAAAACAAGAUGUUGGCCUGGCAGAACUCUCGCUGGAGCCUGAGAAGAAAGAUAAGCUAUGCCAACCAUCAGAAUUACCAAGUGCUGAAUCAGAAAUCACUCAUGUUUUAGGUAGACAAAGUGGAUCCAUAGAUAAAAAACAAGUAACAUCUCCCAUAAUUGAAACAGGGGAUUCUGGUUCAGUAAAGGACCUAGUGGAGCUUACGAGUAGAAAAGGAAAAGAAGAAAACAAGGAGCUUCAAGCAUCUGCUACGGUGCCUGCAAUUUCAGAGGUUUCGUCAUGCCUCGGGGAGGAAGCUCAGAAUGAAGAAAUGAAACCUUUCUCUCCUGAAGUAGUCAGCUUAAGGUCAAAAGGAGAUAACCCAGAAGAACUUCAGCCAUCUCUUUUCUCAUUAAAAGGAUUAUCAGAACAGUUGAACCAUUCAGCUGACUUUAAAAAGGAGGAACGUCAAGAAAUAGGCUCAUUACCACCAAUAGGAAACCUGAAAGCACAAAUGAUGGACCAUAUCGUAACCAAACUAAAUGAAGACACAGGCCACCCAAAAUCAGCCUGUGUAAUCCAGAGUGUAACAGAACCAUCAAAGAUCACUUCUCCUGACCUUGUGGGACAGAAGACUGAAAAAGCACUUCAUUCAGAUAAAGCUAUUAAAUUACCUGACAUAAGCACCUCUUCCACAGAUAAGCAAGAUCUGGGUAUUCAACAGUUCUUGGUUACAAAGGAGAAUUUGCCUUUGGAACGACCGAAAUUAUUAAUGACAACCAAGCCUGCAGAUUUUAAGGAGACGAAUAUGAAGGAGUCUUUUAUUUCUCUAAAGGAUGAAAAAACGAUGUUGGAGAAGCCAGACAACUUGGCCAGCCAACAGGAAGAAAGAAUACCAGCAUCUGUGCGGCUGGGUUCCUCUGACAGCAAUGAUCCGAUGAGCGGGCAGCUGAAGGCUGCUCUGUCAGAUAAGGACCAUACUCGUGAAGGCAGAAAGCAGGUGCCACCACAUUCUGCUGAGGAAACUUAUCUGUCAUUACAAGAACCAGUAUCUACUCUUGAUAUUUCCAGUGGUGAUGAAGAGACCUUAUUAAGUAAAAAUUACCCUUUCGAAGAAGUAAAGCUGGCCCAAGAACCACAAUCUUUAGUAGUAGCUAGAAAUGAAGAAAGAAACACAGCAGAGGGGGAGGAGAUUGAUUCUUUCAUGGGGAGUGAAAAUUUGAUAUCAGAGAAAUCAAACACAGAGUUAUCCAGGCCUCGCAAAGACAGUAGCCAGGAAGAAAUCAAACUACCUCCUGAAAGAGUCCUCCAAACAUCAGUGUCUGGCCCAUCAGUAGAGCAGGGGAAGUCAGAAACCAUCCCCUCUCCUGUCACAACAGCCCAUUUCCUGGCAGAAGCUGAGGAACCUUCACUGGGCAAAGAAGUAGCAGCACACCGGGGCACACCCCCUUUACCUGGAGAGAAGCCACUAGAAGAAUCAAAAACGGUUCAGUCCAAGGUUGCAGAUGAUGCCAGUGAGGGAGAGAAACCCGCUCCUGAAGUGAAAAUGCUCCCACAGAGAAAAUCCCUCUCCUCAGUCCCUGCAAGUCAAGAACCUCAACCCCAAGAGUCACCUGAGGGGACACAGAAGCUGCCUGAGCAGCCAAAGGUGGUUAAGCCAGACCUUCCUGAGGAAAAGGGAAAAAAAGGAAUUUCGUCUUUCAAAUCAUGGAUGUCCAGUUUAUUUUUUGGAUCAAGCACUCCAGAUAACAAAGUUGCUGAAAAAGAAGAUUUAGAAACUCAGCGAAGUUCAUCUGUAGAAAAAGCAGUGACCGUGAUGGAGCCGGAAGGGACAAUUCCCACCAAUUUUAAUGCAACUGAGAAACCAGCUGAUUAUUCAUUGCCAGGAGGAAAUCUUAAAACAACCAUUGAAUUCAGAGGUACUGAGAUUAAAUCUGAUGAAGGGCAAGAGUUCAAAGCAAAACCCACAUUUUCGUCAAACACAGAGGUUUUACAACAGCCAAAAUCUGACUCCAAGUUGUCUGCUAAAGACUAUGAGAAGAAAGAAACCCCAGACUCUCCUGAGGAAAUGAACACAAACAUAAUAGUUACCUCCACUGAUGGUGAGGAACAUCUUGGAAUUCAAUCUUUUUCACCCACUGGUGAGAAAUUGGUCGUGGAAGAAGCCAAAAAUGUCGUUCCUCUUCCUGCUAUGGAAAGUAAGAGGGUCCAGAAGCCGACGAUCGCUCCUCCAUCUAAAUGGAAUGUUUCUAUCCUUCAGGAGGAGCCAAAAAGCCGUCACAAAGAAAAAUCACUCCUUUCAUUUGAUGUAGUGGAUAAGGUACCACCACUACCCGAAUCAGCUUCCUCUGGCUUCACAAAUAAAACUAUCACGAAGGAAUCAGAGACACCAGAGUCAAUAAUUUUGCCAGUAAAAGAAUCAAAAGGCAGUUUAAUUGAUCUUGGUGAAGACAGACUAAAGAAAGAAAUGCCAACACCUACUUCCUUGAAAAUUUCUGAAGAGGAAAUGAAACUCAGGUCUGUUAGCCCAAAUGAGGGGAAGGAUAACUUGGAAAGCAGAUCAGGUAUCUUGGCAGAAGAUAAGGUGCUGGCAGAAAAACAAGACACUGUGGCCCCCUUAGAGCUGAGAGAUAAUAAUGAGACAGGAAAGGCCCAAGUUACACGUGGGUCUAGACCUACUGAAUUGGAAGGAUCAAAAGCUGCUUCUGUGCUGCAGAAAGUCCAUCGCAAUGAAGGCCACAGGGAACGAUCCCAAAUCAUUGUUAGUUCGGAAGAGGAGAAAGAAGAAGAAAAAGAAAAGCAGGCACCUGUGUUUUCAGAAGGAGAGGCGCAGCAGGAACAUCAGCCUUCUGUGAAUGUAGCCAAGUCUAUGCCUAAAGAGCUAGAGACCUCUUUAGGUCAUUCUUUGGGUGAAACCCAACCAUUUUCAUUAGUUAAAGCUACAUCAAUUACUGGAAAGUCAGAAACCAUCCUCUCAGAGGCUCCCCCAGAAGUCAGAGAAACAAAGGCAAUAGGAAGCCAACCACAUCCAUUAGAAGAAAAUAAAGUCUGGGUGGAGAAAACCAAGACUUUCCUUCCAGUGGAUCUUUCUUGUGAUGAAAUAGAUAACCACUCUUCAUCUCCGGAAGGACAUCUGGUGUUUGAAGAGUCAAGCAGGGAUAUACCACUUCCCAGUGAAGAAAAGGGGCAGUUCAAAGUGUCAGAGUUAUCCAAAGGUGUUUCGGGGGAGAUCACAAAAGAAAGUAGGAAGCAAGGAUCUCCUUUUAAAGAAUUGGAAAGGAGUGUAGAUUGUCCUUUCAAUGAAACAAAGAACUUUGAAACGCCACCUUAUUUGUCAUCAUCUGUAAAACCACAAACCUUUGCUUCAGGAGCUUCUCCAGAAAUUAAUACAGCAAAGAAACAAGGCAUUCCCUGGUCGGAACCGACUCCAGAGAGGCAUACAGUCCACACUAUCCAGACAUCUAAAGAUCAGAAAUCUGGUAUGCCUAAACCAUCUGUUCUUGUUUCAAAGCCCCAUUUGGAGGCUGUGGAUGAUACCCAUGGAAAUGAACCACUCUCUUCAGCAAGAAGCAACUAUGCUCAGUUUAUAGCUAAUGCGUCAGCAGUCAGUGCUGAGAUGGUUUCUACUAAAGAAAUGUCCAAGGGGCCUGAAGACACAUAUACAGAAGAUGAAGAAUUUACAGUGACUAGUAAGCCAGCUGGACUUUCAGAAGACCAGAAGAGGGCCUUUAGUAUCAUUUCUGAGGGCUGUGAGAUACUGAAUAUUCAUGCACCUGCUUUUAUGUUUUCAGCUGAAGAGGAAGAAAGUGAACAAAUGCAAGAUAAGUUAGAGUAUUUGGAAGAGAAAGCCUCAUUUAAAACCAUAUUACCCCACGAUGAGGCUUUUGCUUGCCAAAAAAUAAUAAAGAGCAAGUUAGAAGAUUCUGAUGAAAAAGUUCUAUCAUUGAAAGAAAAUAAACAAAAGGAAACUCAUAAGACAACAGAAGAGAUAUCCAUAGAUUCAGAAACUGGUGAUUUAGCUUUUAUUCAGCCCACAGUUCCCUGUGAAGAGGAUUAUUUUGAAAAAUAUACUUUGAUUGAUUAUAACAUCUCCCCGGACCCAGAAAAACAGAAAGCUCCACAGAAAUUAAAUGUUGAAGAGAAACUCUCAAAGGAAGUUACAGAAGAAACUCUACCUUUCCCAGAAAGUUCAGAGGAAACUACCCUAGAACAUGAAUAUGAUUUGGUGAAAUUAGAUGAAAGUUUUUAUGGACCAGAAAAGGACCACGGCAAAUUAUCUUACCCAGAGACACAAAAGCCUUUGGUUAUCCAAAAAUCAGCUGAUAGAAACGCUUCGAAGGGCAGUAAUAGAGAUGUGAUGUCAAAGUCACCUGGGAUGCCUUUAUUUGAUUCAGAAGAAGGAGUUUUAUCACGAACCCAAAUAUUUCCUCCCACCCCGAAAGCCGUUAAUCCGGAACUUCUGGAAGAGCCACCAGCACUUGCAUUUUUCUAUAAGGAUCUGUAUGAAGAAGCAGUUGGAGAGAAAAAGAAGGAAGGGGAGACAGCUUCUGAAGGUGACGGUGUGAAUUCUGAGGCAUCAUUUCCAAGAAGAAAUUCUGACACUGAUGAUGGAACAGGAAUAUAUUUUGAGAAGUACAUACUCAAGGAUGACAUUCUCUCUGACACAUCUGUAACUCUAAAGGACCAAGGGCAAGGUCUGGAAGAAAGAGUUGGUAAGGAUGAUUCAUACCAACCAAUAGCUGCAGAAGGGGAAAUUUGGGGGAGGUUAGAAACUGCUUUGGAGAAGAGUCUAGAAGAACAGAAAGCUGUUUACAAGGAAGAAGAGCCAGUAGGCCAUGUGGAGACCCUUGAUUAUGUGGCAAUGCAGAGGAAAACUCCUGUCACUGAGGAAGUCACAGUGGUUACCCAGAAGAUGAGUUAUGCGGUUCCAUUUGAAGACACCCAUCAUGUUCUAGAGCCCAUAGGUGAAGCAAGUAGUCAGGGGAAUGAAGCAGAAAAUGCAAGUCCGGAGUUCAAUCUGAAUGUCCCAGUACAGGUGUCCUACCCAGAGGAAGAAUUCGCGUCUGGUGCAACUUAUUUUCAAGAAACCUUACAAGAAGAACCCCAAAUCCUGGUCCCACUUGAACCGAGCGAAGAGAGGCUCCGCAGUAGCCCUGUUCAGGAUGAGUAUGAAUUUGCUGAAUCCCAAAAUUAUGAAGUGGUCACUCAAGACACCUUACCAGAAGAACUAUAUCCAGAAUCCUCACUUGAAGAUGUAUCAUCUCAAAGAAAGGAAUCCUUUGAACGUAUCAAAGGAUGUGAAAAUGAAUUUGCCAGCAAGGUGGAGCAAAGUAUGUCUGUUGAACAGGAAGAAUUGGGCAGAGAGAGGAAAGAACAAAUUCAGUUAUCAUCAGACUUAGUAACUGAAAAGGCACAAACAGAACUGAAAAAGCCCCAGAUUGACGCAUAUUGCUACACCUGCAAAAGCCCAAUUUCGGCUACGGACAAGGCUUCUGGUACCCACAAAAGCCAUGAGGUUUCAACACUUGACACAGCUAUAAGUGCUGUAAAGGUUCAAUUAGCAGAAUUUCUAGAAAACUUACAGGAAAAGUCCUUGAGGAUUGAAGCCUUUGUUAGUGAGAUAGAAUCCUUUUUUAAUACCAUUGAGGAAAACUGUAGUAAAAAUGAGAAAAGGCUGGAAGAACAGAAUGAGGAAAUGAUGAAGAAGGUUUUGGCACAAUAUGAUGAGAAAGCCCAGAGCUUCGAGGAAGUGAAGAAGAAGAAGAUGGAGUUCCUGCACGAGCAGAUGGUCAGCUUUCUGCAGAGCAUGGACACUGCCAAGGACACCCUGGAGACCAUCGUGCGAGAAGCAGAGGAGCUUGAUGAGACUGUCCUCCUGACCUCAUUUGAGGAAAUCAAUGAAAGGUUGCUUUCUGCCAUGGAGAGCACGGCUUCGUUAGAGAAAAUGCCCACUGCCUUCUCUCUUUUCGAACAUUACGAUGACAACUUGGCAAGAAGUGACCAGAUGUUGAAACAAGUGCCUGUUCCACAGCCUCCUAGAUUAGAACCUCAGGAACCGAAUUCUGCCACUGGCAGCACGAUCGCGGUUUAUUGGAGCAUGGAUAAGGGGGACGUCAUCGACUCGUUCCAGGUUUACUGCAUGGAGGAGCCCCAAGAGGACCAAGAAGAAAAUGAGUUGGUAGAAGAAUACAGAGUGACAGUGAAAGAAAGCUACUGCAUUUUCGAAGAUUUAGAACCUGACCGAUGCUAUCAAGUGUGGGUUAUGGCCGUGAACUUCACCGGAUGCAGUCUGCCCAGUGAAAGGGCAGUUUUUAGAACAGCACCCUCUGCCCCCGUGAUCCGCACUGAGGACUGUACGGUGUGUUGGAACACAGCCACUAUCCGAUGGCGGUCUGCCAACCCAGACGCCACGGAGACUUACACCCUGGAGUACUGCAGACAACACUCUCCAGAGGGCGAGGGUCUCAGGUCUUUCUCUGGAAUCAAAGGACUUCAGCUGAAAGUUAACCUGCAACCGAAUGAUAAUUACUUUUUCUACGUGAGAGCCAUUAAUGCCUUUGGGACAAGUGAACAGAGUGAAGCUGCCCUCGUCUCCACCAGAGGAACCAGAUUUCUCUUGUUGAGAGAAACAGCUCAUCCUGCCCUACAGAUUUCCACAAAUGGGACUGUCAUCAGCUUCACAGAGAGGAGACGGCUGACAGAAAUCCCAUCAGUGCUGGGCGAGGAGCUGCCUGCUUGUGGCCAGCAUUACUGGGAAACCACGGUCACAGACUGUCCAGCUUAUCGACUUGGCAUCUGCUCCAGCUCCGCUGUGCAGGCUGGUACCCUGGGACAAGGGGACACCUCGUGGUACAUGCACUGCUCUGAGCCACAGAGGUACACAUUUUUCUAUAGUGGCAUCGUGAGUGACGUGCACGUGACUGAGCCUCCCGCCAGAGUGGGUGUUCUCCUGGACUACCCCAACCAGAGGCUUCUGUUCAUAAAUGCUGAGAGUGGACAGCUGCUCUUCAUCAUCAGGCACAGGUUCAAUGAGGGUGUUCACCCUGCCUUUGCCCUGGAGAAACCUGGGAAAUGUACUUUGCACCUGGGGAUAGAGGCCCCGGAUUCUGCAAGGCACAAGUGAGCCUUGGCUGUCAGAGUUUGCAAGGGUGACAAUUUAAAUCAGGAGACUCUGUUGUUCUUUUCCUUGGGUGCAACAUAUUAUUCAAGAAGUCUCCCACACACUCACACUAAUGACAGCUGUGUGCACAACAGUCGGCACAUGAGCACAACCCCUAGGAAAACCUUGGCUUUACGGAGCCGAGUGUGAGUAAAGAGGAUGAGAACAACCACCUCAACCCUUUGGCUUAUGUUUAUUUGUAUUCUUUCCUAAACUAAAAGGUCUUACACUUGACUUGGGAACCCAAACAGAAAAAUGGACUUCCACCUGUUUUAUUGGUUAAAAGAAACCCUCUCAUGAACAGGUUGGAGUGAAAGGAAGGUUGGGUUGGUCAGACAUUUUUCUCAGAUGAAGAAAUACGGACAUUUUCCACAAGAAAGAUGUCCCCUGGCUUUGCUAAAAGGUGAUGACUCUGAUCAUUAGAGAAAAGUGUUUUAACUGAUCUAAAUUUAUAAUGAACUCUUUUGUAAUAAUGUAUAAUGUAUAACUUGAGCCUCUUUUCCCUGAAAUUUUAAAUGUAGAAAAGUGCUAGAUAUUAGAAAUUUCCAUUUUGUUAAAUAAAUGGUUAGAGUCUAUAAA